GUGAAAUCGAAAGCGAUCACAAAAGGUAACAUGACGCCAUGUCUGAUGAUUCGAAAUCAACGAUGUAUUCACGUUACGGCCUAAAAUACAAAUCUAUCGUCUAGGAAGCAGAAACGAGAGGCUGUAAAAUGAGUGUGUAUAAGGACAAAGAGCAGGAGACUUCUGCUGACACUCAGAGACACUGUAGACACAGAGAGCCCCCUGGUCUCAGUGAUGUUGACACUCAGAGUACAACAUCUUCAGGAUUCAGCAGUGUGUCUAUGAAGAGUAACAACUCCAUGAAUGAGCACCCUGGUCUCAGUGAUGUUGACACUCAGAGUACAACAUCUUCAGGAUCCAGCAGUGUGUCUAUGAAGAGUAACAACUCCAUGAAUGAGCACCCUGGUCUCAGUGAUGUUGACACUCAGAGUACAACAUCUUCAGGAUUCAGCAGUGUGUCUAUGAAGAGUAACAACUCCAUGAAUGAGCACCCUGGACUCAGUGAUGGACCUGCUGUGUGAGUGUCAUCUAGUUCCUCAACUAUUUGCUGUAGUGAAACUUGGCUAUGAAAUCAUUUAAAUUAAUUUCAUAAUUUAAAAUCACUGUAUAAAGAAAAGAAGGGAGGUGAUCUUGCUGCUCACCCACUAGAGCUCUAAAUCUGUCUGUACUGUGUCCCAGUGAAGUGAUUUUAAUGGUCAACUGAGGGUAACAGGUUUAUGCAAAUAACCAAGGCAGAGCUGAUUCAGAGAUUGUUUUGUCAUGUGAUUUUACAUUAAUCUUAAUAAUAAAAGAUUAGUUAAACUCUCAGAUGCCUGCUGACAAACAUCCAAAAGAUUUUUUUCUGCUCUGAAUAGAAUUCUUUAGAAGAGCGAGAAUAACAACUAA